AUGUACCGAGUCAAAGUUACCCGUGCUACCCUGGCGAAGCUUGACCCGACCCUGUCCCAUUGCCCCUCCGCACCUCAAGAGUCUGACGACAACGGUAACCUGAACAACGUGCUGGACGCCAUCCCCGUCAUCAUGGCUGACGACAAGGCUACCGCCCUCUUGAACAACGUUACCCCCGACUCCACCACCGCCCAGCUCGCUGGUGCGGUCCCCGUAGAGAGCGCGGCGGACAAGAAAAAGGCCAAGAAGAAGGCUAAGAAGAAGGCCAAGAAGAAGGCUACCGCUGGCGGCGCUGAUGCGGCUGCUGGUGGCGAAGAGUCUGGCUCCGGAAACGACGAGCCCGCGUCCCAGGAUGCUGCUGCCUCGGAGGAGCCCAUCACACCCGCGGUAGCCGCGCAAGAAAACCCCGCGGUUGCUGCUGCUGUUGCCGACCCUGCCCCUACCCCCGCCGUCGAUGCGCCGGGUCGCUUCCCUGCCACGCCAGCUUCCGAGCUUGACAACCAAGUUGUCGGCGUGAACCCUCUUCCGGCUACCAACGGUGCCCUCAACCCCGUCAAGCUCGAAGCCGGCGAGGCGGUGCCCGUUCCCUCCGCCGACGAGUUGAACAAGAACGUGAAGCUUGAUCAAGAGUCGUACGAGAAGAGCGACGCGCUACCUGAUACCACGACUGACCAGCCCAUCAGCGUGAACCCCCUGCCUGGCGUCGCGGGUGCUGUGAACCCCAUCAAGCUCGAGGCCGGCGAGGAAGUACCCGCGGCUACCGCUGAUGAUAUUACCAAGAACGUCAAGCUCGACAAGGAAUCGUACGAGGAUGCUGGUGCUCUCCCCGUUGACGAGGAUUUGGCCAACAAGCCCGUCAGCGUGAACCCUCUGCCCGCCGCGCCCGUCGAUGAGACCAUUGUCAGCGUUAACCCCCUUCCCGCCGCUCCCGGUGCCCUCAACCCCAUCACCCUUGCCCCGGGUGAGGAGGUGCCCAAGGCCGCUGCCGAGGACAUCAACAAGAACGUCAAGCUCGACAAGGAGUCUUAUGAGAACGCCGGUGCUCUCCCCGUUGACGAAACUCUGGCUAACCAGCCCGUGAGCGUCAACCCUCUUCCCGCCAACCCCACCGAGGACAAGAUUGUCAGCGUCAACCCCCUUCCUGCGGCCGACCUCGCUCUGAACCCCAUCAAGCUGGCGCCUGGCGAGGAGGUGCCCAAGGCCUCCGCCGAGGACAUCAACAAGAACGUCAAGCUCGACAAGGAGUCGUACGAGAACUCGGACGCGAUUCCUGGUCUUGACAAGGACACGUACACUCUACCCCCGGUUACCAACACCUUGAUUCCCGAGUCCAGCCUCCCCAUCGCUGCUGGCGCCGGAGCCGCCAUCAUUGGUGGUGUGACGCCAGAGUCUACCACCGCCAAGCUGGCCGGCGAGGUUCCCAAGGAACCCGCGGCUGCCGUCCCCGAGGUCGUCAAGGAGUCUCUGGCCGAGGCUGGCCAGGCCCCGAAGCCGCGGGCGUCGCUGCCGAGCUUGCCGGCCGCGGCCAAUGCUGCUGCCGUCGAGGACAAGAAGGCGGUCGAGGCCGAGCUCAAGGAGGCAGUCGAGCCUGCGCCUGCCGCGGCGGAGACGACCAACGCGCUCGCCGUCGAGAACCGCGCUGUCGACGAGGCACCGGCCGCCGCUGCGGAGCCGGCCACAAGCAAGGUUGCUGCCCCUGCGGCCGUCACAACCGGUACCAACGGCGAUGUCGCGGCCGCCAAGAAGAAGAAGAGGCACAGGAUCAGCUCCCUCUUCACCAAGAUCAAGCAGAAGCUCAAGGAAUAA